AUGACCCAUAGAAAAGUGUAUGGGCUUGGUAUUCUGAUAGCUCUAGCCUCGAUUGCCAACUUUGUUGGAGUUUUUACACCAUGUUGGCUUUCCGGAACGACGGAGCGCCUUCAGGAGUGUGCAGGAAUUGUUCCAUAUUAUUCUACUGAAAAAGCUUGGUUAGCAAUAUCUAGCUGGUUGAUGUUCAUCACAGUCGCAUUCACUUUGACAGCUAUUUUUGCCUAUUUUAUCGUACAAGCUCGAGUAUUACAUUCUGGAUUUUGCUGUGGUUGUCGAAAAUGGUUCAUUCUAAUUUCUAUAAUUGCUCUUCUAAUUUCAAUUAUGACCGCUGCUGCUGUAAUUUUACUUGCAAUCAACUUUAAAAAAUACGACGAUAGUGGUUUAGAAAUUACUCUUGGAUACUCGGCAUGGAUUUCUGUGGCUUCUGGUGCCAUUUUUCUUGGAGUUUGCUGUCUUUCCGGAUAUAUUGCACAUCGGGAGUGCUAG